GUUGGCAGCAUUCGGUAUUUCGGACGAGUUGGGCGCCAGAUCUUUGCGCGGUUGGUUCGGUCUAGUUCGGUCGAUUACGAAGGAACAAGUUCAGUAAACGCAAGGACCAAACGUUGUUCAGUACAUUAUUGGAAUAAAGGACAAUGGCACUAUUUCGUUUGAGCGUUGCACGAUGCUUAGAAUUGCAGAAACUAAGCUCUCCAAUCAUCUCACGAUCAUUAUCAGAUGCUACUGAUCUAAAAAAAGUUCUUGCUGAAAAAAUUCCAAAAGAGCAAGAACGUAUUAAAGCUUUUAGAAAAGAUCAUGGAUCCACUAAAGUUGGUGAAGUCACAGUUGAUAUGAUGUACGGAGGUAUGCGUGGAAUUAAAGGAUUGGUAUGGGAGCCAUCAGUAUUAGAUCCAGAGGAGGGUAUCAGAUUCCGUGGAAAAUCCAUUCCUGAAUGUCAAAAAUUACUGCCGAAAGCACCAGGAGGUUCUGAACCACUUCCUGAAGGUCUCUUCUGGCUGCUCAUCACCGGAGAUGUUCCUACUGAAGCUCAAGUUAAAGCUAUUUCUCAAGAAUGGGCAGCAAGGAGCUCCAUUCCUGCUCAUGUUACCAAAGCACUUAACGAUUUCCCGAAGACUCUUCAUCCUAUGACACAAUUUUCAGCAGCAAUUACGAUACUCAACAGCGAGAGUCAAUUUGUUAAAGCAUACAGCAGUGGUGUUCAUAAAUCAAAAUACUGGGAAACAAUUUACGAAGAUUCUAUGAAUUUAAUUGCAAAAUUACCAGUAGUUGCUGCUACUAUUUACCGUAAUGUCUAUAAAAACGGUAAAGGCCUUGGAUCAGUUGACAGCGGAAAAGAUUGGUCGUGGAAUUUCGCUAAUAUGUUGGGUUAUGACAAUCCACAAUUUAUUGAGCUCAUGAGACUUUAUCUUACUAUUCAUUCCGAUCAUGAAGGUGGUAAUGUGUCCGCUCAUACCACUCAUUUAGUUGGAUCAGCUCUUUCCGAUCCCUAUUUAUCCUUCGCUGCCGGUAUGAAUGGUCUUGCAGGGCCACUUCAUGGUCUAGCUAAUCAAGAAGUAUUGGUUUGGUUAGAGAAACUUAGAGCACAGGUUGGUGAUGCUCCAUCUGAUGAAAAACUCAAAGAUUUCAUUUGGAAUACAUUAAAAAGUGGACAAGUUGUUCCUGGCUAUGGACAUGCUGUACUAAGAAAGACAGAUCCUAGAUACACUUGUCAAAGAGAGUUUGCAAUGAAACAUCUUCCAAAUGAUGCCUUGUUCAAGCUGGUUUCCCAAGUCUACAAAGUGGUACCUCCAAUUCUUUUGGAAACUGGAAAAGUUAAAAACCCAUGGCCUAAUGUUGAUGCACACUCUGGAGUAUUACUUCAAUACUAUGGCAUGAAAGAAAUGAAUUACUACACUGUUCUCUUUGGUGUAUCUCGAGCAUUAGGAGUUCUUGCAGCACUUGUAUGGGAUCGUGCACUUGGUUUACCAAUUGAAAGGCCCAAAUCUCUUAGCACUGAUCUCUUGAUGAAGGCUGCCAAAGCUGCUUAAACAAUGUCAAUCGUAUAUUUAUCCUAGUGUUCAAGGUCAUUAAGUGCAUACUGCAAUCAACUUUCAAUCGACAAAAAAAAACAAUAAUAGUUAUUAUUAUUAUCAUUAUUAUUAUUAUGAUAAGGAUAACAAAAAUGUUCGUCACUCAUUUUUCAAUCAAUACUCUAAAUCAUUAUUUUAUUUUCAUUACCUCAUUAUAUUCUCCUUGAUUAUUAGACAUUACAUUACAUGCAUAUGUAUAUACAUAUAUGUAUAUAAUAUAUAAUUUAUAUUAAUACAUACAUACAUACAUAUAUAUACAUAUAAUUAUUAAAUAUCAAUCUGACACAAUUAAAUCCAAUCACUAAUUAUAAAUUUUUUUUUUUCAUAUAAUUGAAAUAUUUUAAUAGUAAUUGUAUGUAAAAAAACAUAAAACACGACUUAACUUUAUUUCCCUUUAAAUAUGAAUCCAUUAAAAUAUGAAUUUAUUUUUAAUUAAUUCAUUUUUGCCAUCAAUCCAUUAACCACAUGAGAACAGUUGAAAAUUACUGCCCACACAUUUAUAAGAUUCAGUAAAAAUUAAUUCGGAAUCAUUGAUUAUAGCCAACCAAAGAUGAUAAAAAAUGGAUAGUUGUGAAUUAAAAAAAGUUAAUGUAGUACAUGAAUCAAGGUUGGUUAAUUAGAUCAAAUGUUGAAUAGUGUUCUAAGAACUAAUUGAAAGCAAAGAACAGUGAUAGUGGUUAUAAAAAAAAUUCAUAAAUUGAGUAUGGAUUAAAUUACCUCAGUAUGAUAGAAAAUUUUAUGAAAUAACUUAGAUUACUUCAAAAUUCUUUGAAUGCUUCAAAAAUGUUAUAUUAGUUCAACCGUAAGCUUUUUCAUUAAAAAGCCGACAGUUGAAUGAUUUGGAUAAUAAUCAUAAUUAGCGUAUUGUAUAAAAGCAUUGAGAAUGAAUGAGUGUGUGCGAUACUUUAAUUUAUGAUGUAUGUAAAAAUAAAUAGAAAUCCCACAAUGAAAGAA